AUGAGUGGAAAGAAGACUAAAUCGGGCAAGGCAAACAGUAACAAGAAGCAAGAGUUGGUUCAAGAUGAAAGAUUGCAAGCAAUUGUCUUGACUGAUUCUUUUGAAACCAGGUUUAUGCCUCUUACUUCAGUGAGACCUAGAUGCUUAUUACCAUUGGCAAAUAUUCCUUUGAUUGAAUAUACAUUAGAAUUCCUUGCUAAAGCUGGUGUUAAUGAGGUUUAUCUUAUUUGCGCAUCGCAUGGUGACCAAAUCCAAGAAUACAUUGAUCAAUCUAAAUGGAGCUUGCCAUGGGCUCCAUUCAAAAUUAGUACUAUCAUGUCUUUAGAAUCUCGCUCUGUGGGUGAUGCAAUGAGAGACUUGGAUAACCGUGGGUUGAUCACCGGUGAUUUUGUACUUGUUAGUGGUGAUUUGGUUACAAACAUGGAUUUCGAAAAGGCAUUAGAUAUCCAUAAGCAAAGACGUAAAAAUGACAAAGACCACAUUGUCACAAUGUGUUUGAGCAAAGCUACACAGUUUCACAAGACCAGAUCUCAUGAACCUGCCACUUUUAUUUUCGAUAAGUCAAAUGACAGAUGCAUCUACUACCAAGACAUCCCCUUGGCAAGUUCUAAAGAAAAGACCACUAUUGAUAUUGAUCCAGAACUUUUGGAAGGUGUAGAUGAAUUUGUGCUACGUAACGAUUUGAUUGAUUGUCAUGUCGAUAUAUGCUCUCCCCAUGUCCCAGCAAUUUUCCAAGAGAACUUCGAUUACCAGUACUUGAGAAGAGACUUCGUUAAGGGUGUGCUCUCCAGUGACUUGUUAAAGAAACACAUAUAUGGUUAUAUCACAGACGAAUAUGCUACAAGAGCUGAAAGCUGGCAAACCUAUGACGCUAUUUCUCAGGAUUUUAUCGCAAGAUGGUGCUAUCCUUUGGUUUUGAAUUCCAACUUAUUGGAAGGCCAAACUUACUCUUACGAAAGCCAGCAUAUCUACAAAGAAAAAGAUGUGGUUUUGUCCCAAUCUUGCAAAAUAAAAAAGAACACUGCAAUCGGUUCUGGUUCCAAGAUUGGAGAAGGCACUGUUAUUGAAAAUAGUGUGAUCGGCAGGAACUGUAUGAUUGGUUCCAACAUUCAAAUAAAGAACAGUUACAUCUGGGACAACGUAACAAUCAAUGACAACUCUAAUAUCGUUCACUCUUUGGUUGCCUCAGGAGUAAAGGUAGGCUCUAAUGUUACUUUGAAUGAUGGUUGUAUAAUUGGGUUUGAUGUUAUUAUCGAUAAUGACGUUACCGUCCCUGUGGGCACCAAAAUUGCCGCAACAUCAGUACAGAGAGAUAGCAGCUUCUUUUUAGAUGCUGAUCAUAGUUUAGAUUCGUCUGAUAACGACGAAGAUGAAGAAGACAGCAACUCGUCCUCUUCUUCUGACCUAGGCAACAGGUCAACUCAGACAACCAGAGCCAAAAUCUCUAAGGAAAUAGUCGGUCCUAAUGGUAAGGGUGUUUUGUAUGAAAGUGAUGACGAUGAUGAGGAUGAAGACGGAUCUACGGAAAAGGGUGUUAGCAAUACAUUGACCUACAAGAACGACGAAAUAUACUUUUCGGAUACUUCUAUUUCUUCCACAACCCAAAAACAUAGAAAGAGAAGAACCAUGUCAAUGACAAGUGUUUACACAGAUUUCGAAGGAGAAGAUGACGAGGAAGAAGAUUUCGAAAAGGAAGCUAUUGCAACGGUGGAAAGAGCUAUAGAAAAUAACCAUGACUUGGAUACUUCCAUGCUUGAAUUGAACACUCUAAGAAUGAGUAUGAACGUCACCUACCAUGAAGUCAGAAACGCCUCUGUAAUUGCUAUCCUGAGAAGAAUUUUCCACUUCGUAGCAACCCAAACCUUGGGUCCAAAAGAGGCUGUUACAAAGGUUUUGCAGCAGUGGGGACCAAUGUUUAAGAGACAAGCUUUCGACAACGAAGAGUUUAGAGAUUUGAUGAAUAUUUUCUUGAACCGUGUCUUGGAUCAAAAGUUCGAGAAACCAGAUUUCAUCCUUUUCCAUCUGUACAACACAUUGUAUGAUAUGGACAUCAUCGAUGAAGAUAUUAUCUAUAAAUGGUGGGAUGUGGUAAGCGCUGAUGAUAAAUAUGCCACAGUGAUUGCAUUGUUAGGCAAAUGGAUAGAUUGGUUGAAAACAGCAGAUGAAGAAUCAUCAGAGGAAGAAGACAGCGAUGACAGCGAGUAA